AUGUCUUUCUCUCACACUGGCGAUGCUCCGCCACCUCUGCCCCGGCCGCUUGUCGCAAAGGCUCGAACUCCGGCUCCGGCCCUACCGCCGCCAACCGUGCCCCCGACAGGAUCCCCUGGAGCUUUCUUGGUCGAAUUACUGAUCUUCAAUGGCUCGCCAUUCAAAGAUCACUGGGCGUACUUUGUACGCUCUCGCGCCGAUGAUGAUAUCGGUGUCAAGAUCCACGCGACCGGUGAUGUGCGUAAUGGCUUCAAAUUCGAGGUCAAACGCAGUCAUGACCUCACAAACACCUCAGAUAUCCCUACAAAAAGAGUUUCGCUGCAGUGGGUUGAUGCUCAGCACUUUAAAGAAGACGCGAUGCUCAACUGGGGAGUGGAAGAGAUUGAUGAGAGGCCUGUCUGCGGUUUUGAGGCUAGUGCGUACAAAGCGAAGGCACCUGGGAAGACUUUGAAUGCAGUUGAAGACAAGGAUUCAUCUGGCAAAAAGGUCAUCCUCAAGGACUGCCAAACAUGGUUGGUGGAGGCAGCGGGCUACCUUGUUGAAGAUCGUAUGUUCAGUCCUGAAGUCUCUAUUUACCUGCACGCGAUUAAGCAGUGA